UAAUUCAAACAUAAAUGUGUGAGGUUUUUGAAUGUUGACUUUCGAAUAAUUUAUCUUGAAACCAUCGGCAAAUCUAUAUUACACGUAAAUUGUUUGUAAAGAAUGAUUUAGAUCAAAUCCAAUCCCUGAAAGUCUGAAGAAUCACAACCAAUUUUCUCAUGCAAAUUUAUCGAACCGAAUGAGCAUCUUCUCCCCAUCUUCAUUCUGCAACGCCACCACGAUUUUGAUCUUUCUCCCAUGGCGGCUUACAAUUUCCACCGGGAAAUACUGGAAGAACCAGCCAACGCCACCGAAGCCGAAAUCUGCUCAAUCCACUGUGAUUCACUACAAAACCCUACCGGCGGUUGUGUAGCCAAAUGCGCUUCCAUCUGUCCGUACUUGUGUAACAUCAGUGACUCAUCUCCGCCACCACAAUCGCCACCGCCGUUGCCCACCGGCGGUUUUAUCCUCAGUACAUCACCCCCAAAACACCACCACUCACCACUUAGUCUCCCCCUCAAGAUCUCCCUUGUAAUUCUUGUUGUCACCUUCUCUCUGUUCCUUCUUUACACCCUCUACAAAUUCUACACCGUCUGGUAUCGGUCAAGACGCCGCCGCUCGCCGCCGCCAUCACCGGAGAAUCAAGAAACCCAUGGUGAAUUUCUUGAUCACGAUGUACUUGAUCACCCUAUAUGGUACAUCAGAACUAUUGGUCUUCAACCAUCCGUGAUCAGUGCUAUUACUGUCGUGAAAUACAGUAAAACCGACGGCCUCAUCGAAGAUACGAAUUGCUCUGUUUGUUUGAGCGAAUUUCAAGAAGAUGAGACGCUUAGAUUAUUACCCAAAUGUAAUCAUGCUUUCCACAUAUCUUGUAUUGAUACAUGGCUCAGAUCACACACAAAUUGCCCUUUGUGUCGAGCCGGAAUUGUGAAGAACACACCAACUUCUUCUUCGGACCAAAACUUGGGUGAUUCGGGUCGCACCGAAGAAACCCAAUUGGCGAUUUCGAUUCCAGAAGAAGUUAAUGGAGAAGAAAGACAAAGUGAAGUAGAUCGUGAGAGUUCUGAAUUGAGAACCGGGGUUGUAGAUGAAGAAGAAAAAGGAGAAAUGAUCGGUGGAAGUGGAACUAGUGAUUUCUUGAUCAUGAGAAGGUCAGUUUCUUUGGAUGAUUAUGCAGCCUGUAGGAUUAGUUCUGAUGUACGUAAUAAUUAUUACUCCGAUCGCCAUGAAGUUCAAAUUCAAUCCGUCAAUGGUGAUUUGGGAUUCGGAUUGAUUAAAGUCGAACAAACAGCAAACAAUCGCUCCACGGAAGAAAAUUAGAGGGUAGUUCAUCAAACGGAAGAUCAAAUGAUCUUCAAAUCAGCCCUGAUUUCAGGAUUCCUAAACUCAUACCAGCAGGACAAAGAACCCUAAUUUCUUCAAGUUUCUGAUAUCGAUUUCUGGAUGAGAGUCUUCAUGGGCGCUUUUCUUUUACUUUUUUUUUUCAUUUAAAAAUCCUACAAAAAGGAUGGUUGUAUAAUCUUGAUUUCUUUCAAGAAACGAGAAACACAAAAUCAUAAAUGCACAGUUUUGCUGUUAUCAAGUAAUUAUUGGAUUCUACUUGCUUUCAUA